AGCAAAAAGGUCAUUGCGCAUGCGAACUAGCUCGGUUUACCUGUUUGAAAUUUUUCGAUCAGCAGCUGGGAUGCUGAAAACAAACAGGAAGAAUUUCGUCUUUUGUUUGGUUUUCUGACUGUAUUUCGUUAAAUUUGUUGGGUCACCGAAUUUACACACAUCAAGAAGUCCCAGCCAUGGCCCUGCCCACGCUACCGUCCUACUGGCAUGUCCGUAAUCGCCUCGCCGAGCAGAGGAUGCUCCGGCAGCGAAACCACGAGGCGCAGUUCCGGGAAACGUGGGACAACCACGCCCGCUACUUCCACAAGUCCAACGUGCAGACGGCGAAGGGCGCUCACUGGUCGUCACAUCGCAGCUACCAGGACAGCAUGGAAGCCUUCAACACAGCCGCAGAGAAAGAGGCGAAGUCUGCCCGGCUGAAGGAGCGGAGAGAGAGACUGAGUGAGCUGCUGAAGGAGGAGAGAGACACGUAUGAGGCGGAGCUGAGGGGGAUGUCACUGGACAACUACAGGAGGAUGGAGUCCAUGAAGGAGAGGGCUGAUCAUCUGAAGGAGAAGAAAGAGACAGAAAGAAAACAGAUUGCUGAAGUAAAGUUAAAGGAACACUUUAGAAGAAACAACCCUGACCUUCGACAGAUCGAAUCAGAGCAGCACAAGCAGCAUGUUAUAGGUGCCUGGAGUGACCAGGUGGAGGAGAAGGAGGAGAGAAUUGCCAGUGCUCGAGCAGAGGAAAAACACAUUGAUGAUGUCAUGGAGCGGCAGAGACUGGCCGCCCUCAAAAAACAGAGGGAAGAAGAGAUCAAAAGAAUGAAGGCAGAGAAGAGACAAGCAGGCGUGCUGAAAGAGCAAGUGGAAGAAUUGAAGGACAGGGAAAGAGAGGCCGAGGCCCUAAAGCAGGAGGAGGCAGAACUGCUGAGGCAGCAGUGGGAGCUGGAGAAAAUGGAGGCAGAAAGAAAAGCUUUUGAAGAGCAGAGAAAGAAAGCAGAUCUUGGCCGAGCCCUGUCCAGGCAGUACAAGAUGCAGAUGAGGAGGAAGUCACAGCAGGUGCAGGAGGCACUGGAGCUGGACCGUAAGAUCCUGGCAGCGCUGACGGAGAAAGAACAGGAGGACCGGAGGCUGGAGACGGAGCGGCGGGAGCGGGCGCAGGCGGAUGCUGCCUGGAUGAAGGAGGUUGUGGAGAAACAGAUGAGGCUGGAGAAGGAGAGAGAAGAGGAGCUGGAUGAGAUGUACAGACAUGAGGCGGAGCGACAGUGGGCCAAGCGGGACGCAGAAUGGGAGAGAGAGAGGCUGGCCAGGGAGAGGCUCAUGAAGGAGGUUCUGGAGGAGCGUCAGGACCAGCUGGCGGCUAAGAUGGAGGCUCUGCGGCAGCGCCAGGCGGAUGUUCUCCGGAGCCGGGAGGACCUGCUGAGGCAGCUUGAAGUGGCCAAUCGGAUGGCUCGGCAGGAGGAAGAGGAGAGGGAGAGGGCUGUGCUGGAGAGGAAGCAGGAGGUCGAAGGGCAGAUCACGGAGCGCCGUGAGCGACAGCGUACAGCGCGGGAGCGGCUGGAGCAGGAGCUAGCUGAGGAGAAGCGAGCAGAGCAGGACUACGAGGAAGUGCUGAGGCAGGAGGCAGCCAGGCUCAAGCUGGGGGGCUUCGAACCAAAGUCAUACCCAAGGAGCCGACGGUCGGCUUGGGACUAAGAGCUGCUGCCCAUCACACUAGCUUACACUGCUGCUAGAUAUGGAUAGAACAAGCUAUUACAUGCUGAAUAAUGGUAGAUAGAGGGAUGAAUAUAUUAAAAAUAAAAGAGGAAAAAUUAAGGCAGACUGCUUUGCAUGUUCUGUUAGUAGUAUACAUCAGAUUCUCACGUUGUCCAGAGGCUACCCCUUUGGCAUAGCACAAUAACUUUGCAAGCACAGCAUUAUGUUACUAGAUAAAUCUGAAACUAAAGCUGUUAAUUGAGAGUACCAGGAGUAGCUAUAUUGUAGAUAGCUUUGCUAUAUAAAUGGUGCAGAAUUAAUGUUUUGUACUGGUUAUGUUAUGUAUGAAAGGUGUUGGUAUCAUUUAUUGAAUGUGUCGGUCAAAGUGUGCCUUUUGGUGGAAAUGUGAACAACUGUUCCAAUACAUAUAUCGGUGUAAAAUUUAUAGGUGUUGGUGAAUCACUAAUGGAAACCAAUAAACGUCUGGGUGAACUUUUGCAGAUAAAGAGAAUUUUCUGGCUGUAAAUAUUUUUAUUGAUCAAAAGCAAAUGAUAACAAACAGUCAACAGUUACGUCCUGUUAGUGACUACAGUAAAAUUGGUCUUCUAAAAAGAUACAUACCUUAGGAAAAGUCAUGAUUGUUGUUAUUGAAUAUAAGGUUUCUGCACUUGAUGUUUUAGAGUACACAAUUCUGUACAUAUCCAUUCACAGUCUGUACAUAAAUAUGCACAAACUUA